AAAAAAAAGUUGUGCGGCGACAUAUUUUUUUUUCGAACGUAUUCAUUCACAGCAAGCAAUUGAUUUCUUUCCGUGAACAAGAAAAAUUACGAUUUUUAAUUAGGUUUAUUUUGUAAAUAGGCCCAACAAUGUCCGACUCACCCAGCCCGGAGGAAACGAAAGCUGCUCUAAAGCUGGAAGAAAUGUCGCCACUAUUUAUAAAAACACAAAAGGAAGAACCAGUGACCGACGAAGAAAUGAUAUCAGAAGACACAGAUAAUGAAUCAGCAACGGAGAACAUAAUAAAGUCGGAGAAGUUGGAGCCGGAGGAUAUGUUAGAGAGAGAGGACGUGAUGAUGGAGAAGGAGGACAUGAUGAGUAUGUUUGCGAGCGUGUGGGUGAAGGUUGAGGUGGAGGAGGCACGGGGUGAAGAGUUGCAGAUCAAUGAGAGUACGGAGAGUCCCGAGCAUCAACACCUCCCAAAGAAACGCCCAAAGAACCUCAUGUGCGACCAAUGCGACUAUCGGACAGCUAACAGAAACUGCCUCGAGCUGCACCUCCUCAGGCACAAGACCGGCAUGGAGUACUCCUGCCACGCCUGCGACUACAAGUCCAAAUACCAAGGCGGUCUCCGGCGGCACGUGGCCAUAAGACAUCCCGAGAUGAAAGGAGACAUCCCCACGGCCAACGGGAAACCAUUACCUCUACACCUCUGCUCGGAGUGCAACUACAAAACAUUUUACAAGUGGAAUCUCUCCAGUCACAAACGGAAACAUAAACUUUUAAAUCCAUUUAAGUGUGACUUCCCGGAUUGCAACUUUGAAACCUUUUACAGGCACAACUAUAUCAAGCAUAGCCGGGCGCACACACAGUCAGUCGCUUUCAAAUGUGACAAGUGCCCGUUCACAACCAAAUUUGAAGGGCAUAUAACUAGACACUUAGAGAAGGUACAUAAUGAAGUGACAGAGAAAGCAUAUAAAUGUGAUAUGUGCGAUUUCUCUACUAAAAAUAGAUGGAGAUUGACUAUACAUGUUAAUCGAAUGAAAAAAGGAGAAGCGUUGAAAUGUGACUUUUGCGCGUACGAGACUUUAUUCGUAUGCGCGUAUAAAAAGCAUAAGGUAGAGCAUUAUGAUGAAAUUUCUGAUAGAGCUAGGGCCAGGGCUAAGAAAGCUAAACAGCAAAAUAUUCAGGAAGCACCAGAAAACACUCAGACAGAUUUAGACGACUUUGAAAAUGAUAUAGAAGAUGUACCAAGUGAACCGAAUUAUAAGAAAUAUAAUUUAAAUCCGAAUUGCGUCGAUUUUAAAAACAUUCAAGUUUUAGAGACGGAUGAUCAAGAGAAACCUUUCCAAUGCCACAUGUGCGCUUACGCUUCUAAGUUUAAAGCGUCAGUGCAAAGGCAUUUUCAGCGAAACCACACCGGAAGUCACAACAGACCGUACCAAUGUGUGAACUGCGACUUCUCAACUAAAACUAAAGACCAAAUCGCUUUACAUAACAAGAGAAGUUUCUCCGAUAAAAAACUUUGCUGUACCGAUUGUAAGUUCAAGACUUCGUACAAAUGCCAAUUUGCUGUGCAUCAAAAAUGUCAUUUUCUGUACCAAUGUACCAUUUGCAGCUACACUUGUAAGCGCAAAUAUGAGUUACAACGACAUUAUGGUAUUACGCAUCUCGGGAUCGGUAUCAAAUGCAGAUUUUGUGACUUUAAGUCUUCUAGAAAGGACAGCAUACUGCGCCAUGAGACGAGACACACCGGGAGCAAGCCGUUUCAGUGUGAGCACUGCGAUUACAAGUCUGUAAGGAAGUCGCUGUUGGACAAGCAUGUGAAGCGCUGUCAUAGCCAUGUGAAGAAGGUGACUAUAGUCAGUGAGAGUAAAAUACAGAAUUUGAAAAUACCGCUGGUGUUACAGAAACCUGUAGAUGUCUGUCAGAAAAAUGAGCUAAAAGACCUGCAAGAAGUGUCGCCAUACAUGUCCAAUACCGAUGAAAUAGGGGGUAUUACGCAAACCUCGAUGUAGGGGGCGCCUCUAGAGUUACUGACCUACUCCAUAUCAUGGCGUAAGGGCGCCUUUCCACGAGAGAUGUGCUACGCUACGAUGGAUGCGUCUGAUAUCAAAGAUUAAAUAUAACAAGAUCAUACCAUCCCAUACAUUAAAAUGCGACCGCCUAAGAACGCGCAUACACUACACCACACAUAGAUGGC